AUGCCCAUUCGAAAGGUGGCUGUGAUCGGAGCCAGUGGGAAUGUUGGCAAGUCUACUGUUCAGGCCCUAUUGCAGGAGGGUUUCGAAGUCACAGGCUUGACUCGAGAAUUAUCAAACAUCACUACUCCACAGGGCGUUAAACUUGUCGAGACCGACUACUCUGAAGAUUCGAUUGUUGCAGCCCUCAAAGGCCACGAUGCUGUUGUCAGCACAGUCUCUAGUAUUGCCGUUGGCCAGGCACUGGCCUUCCAAAAGACAGUUGUCGAUGCCGCAAUCAAGGCUGGAGCAAAGGUUUUCGUUCCCUCGGAGUUCGGCAUCGACACAGCGAAUCCCGAGGCGCCUAAGAUUAUUCCUUUACUUCGGGAUAAGGUUGACACUCUCGACUAUAUCAAGAGUAAGCAGGACACAAUUUCAUGGAUCGCUAUUAUCUCCGGAUCUAUGUUUGACUGGGGCUUGAGUAUUCCUGGAUUCGGUGGCUUCAAUGUUAGGGCACGGACCGCUACACUCUUUGACGGGGGCAAUAUCGCUUAUGAAGCCACCAACUUGGACCAAGUUGGGAGGGGGAUUGCCAAAAGUUUGAAGAAUAUCGACGUCACGCGUAACCAAUAUGUCUACAUUAAUAGCUUCACCGUGACACAAAACGACGUGCUUCAUGCUCUCGAAAGAGCUACAGGAGAGAAGUUCGAGCUAUCUGAGGGGACUGCUCGUGGCCUUUGGGAGACAAGCACUGAGCAGGUCAAGAACGGGAACCCGCUGGGCACAUUGGAUCAGAUCUCCAGUGCCAUAUAUGGUGAGGGAGGUGCCGCCAACUACUCGGUUGACAAAGGACUAUGGAAUGAUAAGAUUGGCUUGGCAGGCGAGAAUCUGGAAGCUUUUGUCGAAUCUUAUAUUUCGAAGGCUUAA